GGUUUACCCCAGCAGAUGUUUCGGGAGACAGACUCGAGCAUCGCAGAACAGGAGGCUCCAAAGGGCAUCCCUUGCCCCGUGACGAAUUAGCCUCCUCCGCUCUGAUUGGACCCCUGGGGAACGAUGGCACUCCUGACCCACUUCCUGGCCUGCGUCUUCGGGGUGGGUUCUUGGCUGACCGUCUGUGGCGUCUGGGUAGAGCUCCCCCUGCUGGUGAACCAGCUGCCCGAGGGCUGGGACCUCCCAUCCUACAUGAUCAUCAUCAUUCAGUUGGCCAACGUCGGGCCGCUCUUCAUCACCCUGAUGCACAAAUGGAAGCCCCGCCUGCUGAGCGAGGUGCCCGUCGUCUGCGUCGUGGUGUCGGUGGGAACGGUGGCCUGCUUCCUGCUGGCCUUCCUGUGGGACCGCACCGCGUUUGUGGCCGGAAGACAACGCAGCCUGGCCUUGUUUGUCCUCACCUUUGCCGUAUCCCUGGUGGACUGCACCUCUUCCGUAACUUUCCUGCCUUUCAUGAUGCGCCUCCACCCUCGAUAUGUGCCCACUUUUUUCUUCGGCGAAGGCCUCAGCGGCCUGGCCCCGGCUCUCAUCGCUCUGGCCCAGGGCUCGGGAAUUUCGAACUGCGUCAACGUCACGAUCCCAAAGAACCACACGGCCGCGGCGCCUCUCGGCAACGGAACCGCAGCAGAGGUCGGCGUUCACAUGGAAACCCAGUACUCCCCCGCAAACUUCUCCAGCCUCGUCUUCUUCCUCAUCCUGUCCGCCAUGAUGUUUUGCUGCCUCGUGGCCUUCUUCUUCCUCAACCGGCUGCCCAGGGUUUGGGAACUCUCCACGCAGAAUCUCUGCGCCAGCAACGUCACCCUCAACUCGGUCCGGGAAACCCCUGCGGACACGCAAGGACCCACGAAGUUUGUGGUUUUCACAAACUGCCCUGCAGAUGGACAAACGGCCAGCUCGGCCAAAGGAGCAGAUGAAGCAGAUCCGGAGAAGGUCACUUACUCCUGGGCCGAGUUUGCCUUCAUCUAUUUCCUCAUCACAUGGACCAAUGCACUCACAAAUAGCAUCCUGCCCUCGGUGCAAAGUUACUCCUGUUUGCCUUAUGGCAACAUGGCUUACCACCUAGCAGCGACGCUCAAUUUUGCAGCCUAUCCUCUUGUGUGCGUGAUCGCUACCUUUCUUCCGAGCAGGUCUCUUCCCAUUCAGGGGGCCCUGGCACUGAUUGGGACCGUGUUUGGAGCCUAUAUCAUGGCGAUGGCGGCCAUGAGCCCGUGCCCGUUGCUGCAGCGCUCGAAGUGGGGGGGCGCCAUCAUUAUCCUCUGCUGGGUGUUCUUCACCGGGACCCUCAGCUACAUCAAAGUCAUGACCGGGGUGAUCCUCCGGAGCCACAGCCACAGCGCCCUCGUGUGGUACGGAGCGGUGGAGCAGCUGGGAUCGCUGUUGGGAGCGCUGCUCAUGUUUCCCCUGGUCAACAUCUACAGCCUGUUCAAAUCUGCGGACUUCUGCAACUUCCAGUGCCCGGCGUGA